CGUGUUUUCAUGAAAUCUCCUACUAUGUAACCGACCUCACUACAUCAGCCUUCAGUCCGUCACCAUCUCCGGGAUCUUCUGCUCACUACAUCCAGCCCUCAGUCUGUCACCAUCUCCGGAUGAAAAUCUGUCUCAUCUCGGACUUUUUCUACCCAAACUUCGGCGGAGUAGAAUGCCACAUUUACAAUCUAGCCCAGAACCUGUACAAACGAGGUCACAAAGUUAUCAUAGUUACACACUGCUACGAUGAUAGGGUCGGGGUCAGGUACCUGAAACCUUUUAUAAAGGUCUACUACAUCCCAUUCUAUAUGCUCAUACGCCUUGUUAUUGUUCCUAACUUCUUCAUAUCCCUUCCCGUCCUUAGACACAUAUUUGUCAGAGAACAAAUUGAGAUUGUUCAUGGUCAUGCUGCUUUUUCUACUUUCGCGUUGGAUGCGUUACUCAGCGCCAAGAUGAUGGGCUUACGGACAGUAUUCACCGACCACUCUCUCUUCGGUUUUAACGAUUUCGGAGCGAUAAUGACGAAUAAGAUGCUAGAGUUCACCCUGGGUGACAUUGAUGGUGUUAUAUGUGUGUCUCACACUAGCAAGGAAAAUACUGUGCUGAGAGCACGGAUUAGCCCCAGUAAGGUACGAGUGAUCCCUAACGCGAUAGAUACCUCACUGUUUGUUCCAACAGAUAGCCCCCCGGAUAGCCGGGAUGAGAUUGUGAUUGUUGUCAUGUCGCGACUCGUCUACAGAAAAGGUAUUGAUCUGUUGUCAGGAAUCAUCCCAAAGAUGUGUUCUGCAGAUAAAAGAGUAAAGUUUCUAAUCGGGGGAGACGGUCCCAAGAGACUGAUGUUAGAGGAGCUGCGAGAACAGUACCGGUUACACGAACGAGUAAUCCUACUGGGUAACGUGGAGCAGAGCAGGGUCAGGGACGUUCUGAUUCAGGGUCACAUCUUCCUUAACACCUCCCUGACAGAGGCCUUCUGUAUGGCUAUUGUCGAGGCUGUGUCUUGUGGCCUUCCUGUUGUCAGUACUGCUGUUGGUGGUAUAGUAGAGGUGUUCCCUGCUGAUUUCGUGUGUCUUGCGGAGGAUACAAGCACGGAGGCUCUCACUAAGGGUCUCUUACAAACUAUCAGCAAGAUAGACGCUGGAGACGCCCCACAGCCACAAGAGUUACACAGACAAGUUAAGAACAUGUACAGUUGGGCUGACGUGACACGGAGAACAGAACAGGUGUACAAGGAAUGUAGCUCAGACUCCUCGCUGACUGACCGUCUGACGGUGCAGCGGUCACGUGGUCCGGUGGCGGGUGUAUUGUACUGCAUUUGUUACGCUAUCUCUUAUCUAGUCCUCGCUAUCACCACAUACUUUCAGCCGGAGCACACGAUUGAGACAGUGCCCUAUGUCUACGAGGGUGGAAGAAGGGAGGAGGGACGACCCAACACGCUGGGCAGAAACCAAUCAGAACGCUUGAAAUACGAAGAAUUUUCUAAGUCGAACAAUACGAAGUCUCUAUGACAUAUCACAUAUGAUAUGGAAUUCACAAUAGCAGUACUAAAUUUCGAGAUGAAAUAAGAUUCAAAUUCGAUUUAAUGUGCUUGGACUUUGGAAUAAAUUUGCUGCCCCCCCCCCCCCCCCCCCCCCCCCCCCUCCCAAUAACUACCUGUCCCCGAGCGACUGGUUGGGAGCAAAAACCGUAAAGCGAUAUUUUUUCGUGGAAGUUUUGCAUUUUCUUCAUUCUAAAAAUGAUGUCGAAGUCGGUUAUCCUAUCACAGUUUUAAUUUUUCUUCUUUGUUUGUAAAUUGUGUAGUAAACCAAUGAGGAUGUGGCACUUCUAUUUAUUGGUUAUUGAAUUUUUAUCGCAUUGAUUCUCUUUUUUUUCUAAUGCUUUUUUUACAUUUAUUUACUUUGUAGAGUAUAAGUCUGAGAUUUUUUCUUUAGUUUGAAUUUGAAUUGUGUUAUAAUAUUAAUAUUAAUGUGAAGGAUACUCAAUGAUAUAAGGAGCAGGUCGGAAGACGUCAGUUCGACGUGACGGCAUAUCGUAGACUUCGAGCCCAAUCUCAAUAAAGCUGGAACUAUGUUUGUAAGAUUGUAAUUGUAUGAUUUUAAAGGUUUUGGGCUACAGUAGUACGGAUUUUGGGACUUUCCAAGAAAUCCGACUCAGUUCCGUUGACUUUCACGGUAAAUUCUGCACUACGUAACCGGAACCCUUUACCAAACCUUAAAUCCACCGUAGCAUAUUUCAGUUGAAUUCCGUUGAACUGUUUCUCGGAUAUAAUACCCUUAUAUUUUAUACAUCUUGCUGAACCGGAUACUUGAUAGUUACUUUUAGCUAAAGUUGUCAUCUAAUAUAU